AUGGAGCCAGGAAUUCUCGAUCCUCCAUACACACCCGUCGGUUCCCGGGGAGAAUAUAAACCGCAACAUUGGCGACAACUAACUCAUCGGUCCCAACACGCAAUGUCGUCUAUUCUACUAGACACAGGUGCGGCCAUCAGUGUGAUACCAUAUCAAGAACGACCAUACUUUUCUAAGCCCACCCUGCUCAAACUACAAGCUGCGAAUGGUUCCGCGAUAGACACGUACGGAGAAAGGACCCUCACCCUGAACAUCGGCAUGCGACGUGAUUUCACCUGGACAUUCACCGUUGCCAACGUGAAAAUACCCAUCCUCGGCGCGGAUUUCCUGGCGCAUUACGAACUGGCAGUCUAUAUGAACCCGAGGACCCUAUUCGACACGACUACGAACCUCCACGUCUUUGGAACGCCUACACGUCAAAGCUCCACAGGAAUCAGCGUCGCAACAUGCCAUGGUGACCACCAAACUCAGCACCACAUCAGGACUAGAGGUCCUCCCACAUUCUCCCCACCCGCGACGACUCGCUCCACACAAACUCGCGUUCUUCGGCGCACCGACAUGCACCUUACGAUCAGGCGUGCCAACACCACCGACACCGUCGCAAUCGAUCGGACCAAGCCAUUCUUUCUGGAGAAGCAACAGUUCGACGCAAACCCGGCUCCGCGGACCCCUAACGCUACUCCAGCGCACCCGGCACACGCAGCACCGCAAACAUCAGACGACACCCCAGCGACUCCUGUGCAGCAGACCAAAUCCGAUUUAAGCCCAGCAGCAGGCGAGAAACUGGACGACUGGCCAAUAUGGUGGACUCCAAAACCGUACCUCAUGAGCAUCGGAUUAGGCAGCGCUUUCCAAACAUCGAACGACAUGGGGAGUAAUUUUAUAUCUACGGUUUGCUACUCCCUCUAG